UGUAAAAUAUUUUAGCCGUUCCCGCCGGUUACGUGAAAUUUAACACACUAAUUUUACGGGGAUAGUACAAAGUUCGGUAUAAUUGAUGUUGCAUCUUAAUAUAUAUUUGUAUUAGUAAGUCAUUUAUAUUUUAUUCUAUUUAGCUUUGAUAUAUAAAUAGCCUUAAUUUUCACCAAAACAAAGUAAAUCUUGAAUUAGUAGAUAUUAAUUACAAUCAAAUUCCAAUUCCAAUUACAAAUGACUACUUCAUUUACCCCAGCAAAGUCAAGCUUCAAGGAUUUAUGGCAUACUUACAAUGGUAUAUUUCCUGGAAAAGCAAAAUACACAGAAAAACAAUAUCCUUCAUUUGAUGGAAAGGUCGUCAUCGUUACCGGUGCCAGUACUGGUGUAGGCUAUGAAGUUGUGAAAUCUUUAGCUGGUUCAACAAAUGCUAGAAUUUAUGCUUUUGCCAGAAACCCUGAAAAGACCAAGGCUGCAAUUAAGAAAAUUGAAUUAGAAGUAGCUCAAGAGUAUAAAAAAUCUAAAAUUGAUGUUCAUUUCAUUGAAAUUGAUUUCAGUGAUUUACCAUCAAUCAAACCAGCCGUAGAAGAAUUUCUCAAAAAGGAAGACAGAUUAGAUCUUAUUAUCCAUAAUGCUGGUGUGAUGACACCACCACCUGGAUCUGUUACAAAACAGGGAUAUGAAUUACAAUUAGGAACUAACAAUAUUGGACCACACUUGUUGCAAAGAUUAUUGGAUCCAUUGUUCAUUAAAACCUCCAAGACAAACAAACCAGGUGAAUCUAGAAUUGUUUGGGUUGCUUCCACCGCUAGUUUUCAUGCUCCUCUUGGUGCAAUCCACUAUGCUGAUCCUAACUUUAAGACAACUGAAGCUUCUCCAAUGGCUAUUUAUGGCCAAAGUAAAGCAGUCAGUAUUUUACAAUCGCGAUACUGGUCAAAAGCUAAUCCUGAAGCCACAAAUGUUAUAUCCUCAUCUUUAUGUCCUGGGUUCUUAAAGACAGAAUUGCAAAGACAUGUUGCUGGAAUUCAGGCAGUAGUCAUCAAUCUUAUGCUCCAUCCUAGAAGAAAUGGAGCCUACACUGAAUUAUUUGCUGCAUUUUCACCAGCAGUCAAAACUGGUGAUUAUAUCGAAUCAUUUGGUAAAAUUGGUAAAGCAAGAUAUGAUUUAGACGAAAAGGCCGCUAAGAAAGCCUGGGAAUUUUUAGAUAAAGAAAUUCAGCCAUACCUUUAAGAGUAAAGAGUAUAAAAUCUCUUAUUUAUUUAAUGUUAUAUUUCUUUAAUAGUGCAGAUAAUAAACAGUAAUAUU